AUGAGUUAUCUGGGUGAAUGUGAAGAUUUGAUGUGCCAGAAGGAGAAAAUGGAAAGAGGUCCACAUUUUUAUUUGCUGUUCACGUUCAUAUUACUGUCAACACUUGGCUUUCACAUGAGUGUCGAAGCAGAUUAUCUUACAAAUUCUUGUCAGUAUGAGUAUGGAAAUUACUCGACGAACAGCACGUUUGGAUCAAACCUGAAGCUCCUUCUUGAUUCACUGUCGUACAACACUGCAAAAAAAGGAUUCUACAACACCACUAUUGGAGAAGGUCUUGACCGAAUUUAUGGACAAGCUCUUUGCCGAGGAGAUGCCAGUUCCACAGCAUGUGAGAGUUGUGUCAGCAAUGCAAGCCAAGAGAUCAUGAAGCUGUGCACUGCUGAAGAUGCACUAAUUUGGUAUGAAUUAUGCCAAGUGCGAUAUUCCUUCCAAGAUUUCUUUUCAAACAUGGUUUAUACUGGUAAAUACCCAGAUUCAAAUAGUCAGGACAAACUUGCAUCAGACCCAGCUGAUUACUACACCUACUUGAUGUAUCUAAUGAAGAACAUAUCCACUGAGGCUGCGUAUGUUAACUCGACUCAAAUGUUCGCAACGGGGCAAAUAAAUUAUUCUUUGAGCCAGACAAUAUAUGGGCUAGUGCAGUGUACUAGGGAUAUGUCAAGCAAUGACUGUUACAAUUGCAUGGACUCUGCCUUGGGGGAUCUAAAAGCAUGCUGCUAUUUGCGGGAAGGUGGAACAGUUGUUAGCAGAAAUUGCAAUGCGAGGUAUGAGCCAUACCGCUUUUUCAAUGGCUCAAUAACCUCUGUGUUAUCUUACCCUGCUUCCACAGAAAUACUGUUAGCUGCCUACAUCGCUUUUAUUCAGUCAGGGAUAGCCUAUAGCGAAACUUGUAACAUAGAGAAUCUAAAGAGAUUUACCUUACAUAUCCUUGAUUAUGGAAAUAGCCAAAAUAUGCAGAAAAAUUACUGA